GAGUGCAUGUGAGUGCGUAUGCGAUCGCGGCGGACGUAUACUCGCGGCGCGCGCGCUCCUCGCCGAAAGAGAGUUGCAUUUAUUCGGGCGCACCCUGUCGCCGGCGUUACAACCACCGUACUGCACACGCACGUCGCUCGUACAACCAGCGCAUACGUCACAUUCACCGCCGACAGUCGAAAACACGACGACGACGACUUACUACGCGCACCGCCGGCCCCCGCCACGAACGUCAUCUUUUUUUCUUUUUUUUUUUUUUUUUUUAUCUGUACUUAUUUAAUCUAUCGUUAAAUACGUAAACACGUUCGAGUUGAAAUACAUUUUUAAAUAUAUAUUUAUAUAUAUUUAUUUAUUUUAAAUUUUUUUUUUCUUCUCAAAACACCGUCUUUUAUUUAAUAUAUUAUUUUUUAUAUUGCUCCGAGAAUUGUUUUGAGAUAUUGUUUUGUCGUACGAUUUAAAAUUUGUUUUUCGCCAAAAACCGUUUUUCAUCGCCGUCGUCACUUCUAUUCACGUACACUACGAACCGCGCUCGCGCCCAAUUUGUCGUCCUCGGAUCGAGCUGGACGUGAGAUUUGCAGUGGUCUUCCGGUUGACCAGGAAAUGCAUCUCGGUUUUUAAAAAUUCAGCCAGAAAUUAAAUUUUGUUGUUCAAAAUGACUAAUAAUCAAAUGAAUACAAUUUCUGGUCAGGACCAACAAUACUGUUUGAGAUGGAAUAAUCACCAGACAAAUCUAACAAAUGUAUUUGUUCAACUAUUUCAAUCUGAAGAAUUUACUGAUACUACAUUAUUUUGUGAGGGUGGGCCACCAGUUAAAUGUCAUAAAAUGGUGUUAGCUGCAUGUUCUUCGUACUUUCAGUCAGUAUUUGCUGAAGUACCUGGUAAACAUUCUGCAGUUGUUUUGAAAGAUGUUGGCCAUGCUGAAAUGAAAGCUAUACUGGACUAUAUGUACAAAGGUGAAGUGAAUAUUGCGCAUGACCAAUUAGCUGCUCUACUCAAAGUCGCAGAGAUGCUUAAAGUUAAAGGGCUUGUUCAAGAUAAUUCACACAAAACGGAAAGACCAAUAACGCCUGCUGUUGAAGAAGAUCGCAAUAUAAUUAGUACUUCAUCUCCAAAUCAUGUAUCACCAGAUGGUAAUACGAGUACGACCAAAGAUCUUGCCAUUAAUAUUAACAACAACAAUGAACAAAAUGAUUCACCUCCACACAGUACUGGUAUAAACCACCAAUCACCAUUCUAUAAUAAGAAUUAUUAUGGAAAAUCUCCACCAUUAACAACUGAACAUAGUAGACCUGGAAGAAGUAAUGUUCCGAUGUGGCCAAUACCUGCUUUACAGAUGACAUCAACACCUGUGACUAAUGCUAUGUUUGGAGGUAGUUAUGAUGCUAUGAUCGCAGGAUAUCCAGGAAUGUCACCAUUGCGCCGUAAAAAGCUAUCUAGUAUGUUGAUGGGUCGAGACACACCAAUAUUAAGGACUGUUCUUGGUCAGGGGCAAGCUGAUUCUUCACAGCAACUCCCUCCUAUUAUGUAUGGUUCUGAAGCUAUAGAACACCAAAGACCCCAGUCUAAUGGAUCUGAAUAUGGUAGUCAAUUUUCAAAGAUCAAAGUAGAAGGGUCAGAACAUAAUUCUCCAUAUCCUCCAGAUUUGUCCAUGAAUGAUGAUGAAGAAAAUAUGAGGAUUGGAAAAUUGAAUAAUUCAUCUUCACCUCAAUCAAUGUAUGGUGAUUCAAAAGGUGGUGUUGUAACUCCAGGGAUUGCAACUUAUGUUCCUUCUCAUAAACCAGAAUGGAAAAGAUAUAAACAAUACACAAGACAAGAUAUUAUGUCUGCAAUAGACGCUGUGCGAACUGGCAUGAGUGCCUUACAAGCUUCACGAAAAUUUGGAGUUCCAUCUCGUACCCUUUAUGACAAAGUGAAGAAACUUGGAAUAACUACAAGCCGUCCAUUUCGCAGAUCAGGAGUUAAUAACGGAAACCUUGGAUUUGGAUAUGGAUUAGGGCCUGGUACUAGUAGUGUAAUGUUUUCAAGUCAAAUGUCUGGAGCUGAAGAUGAAUCUGGUCAUUCUUCAGCUAUGGAACAUGCAACCGCUGGUUUCUUACACCACGCUCUUGGAUUAUCUGGAGUCUCUAUAAAGUCUGAUCAUGAAACUUCUAACAAUGGAAAUUCACCUCAUUCGGAUAGAAUGGAUGAUGGAGGUUCACCAUGUAGUCCAGAACUAAUAAAAUAUGCUGGACAUCGGGAGGAUAUUAGAUCGCCAACUCCAACAGAAAAUGAUGAUCAAGCACAAGAUUUAUCUGUAUCUCGUAAAUCUGAGUCGUCACCAAUGCAAACAACUCCUACAUCUAGAGUUAUUAUGGGACCACUUAAUCAAACUGUUAGCUGUCCCGUGUUAGCUGCUGGUAAUGAUGAUAGGGACUGAAUUUAUUUUUAUUGGAUGGGCAGUAUGUGCAAUUCGAAUUCAAUAAUUGAAUUUUACUGAAACCCAAAUGUUAGUUUCUAAGCUAUUUGAAGACAACCAGCCCUUUUUAGUUUAAGUUAUGUCAUAAAAUUAGCAUUUACGGUAAAAGACAUACCAGGGUUAGUUGGUGCGGAAAAAGUUGUACAGUUGAGAAACUUGUACUUCUUACUUUCUUUUAAAAUUGAAUUAUUUUUUAAAAGUUGACACUAUUUUAUUUUAUUUGAUAAUUUUCUUUUUUGAGUAAGUCGAAUUUGCAAAUAUUGGGUAUAACCUAGGUAUAAUUACGUAAAAUUAAUUUUUUUAUGUGAAUUCCAAGUCUGAAAAAUUUAAAUCAAAACAUUGCUUCAGGUAGCUAAUUAAAUGGUUAUAUCUUGAAAUAUCUGAUACCAGGUUACAGUUUAUAAAUGCCAUUUAAUCCCAAAAAACUGCUCAAUUAUCGUUAUAUAAGAGUUCCUUGUAUCAAAAUCUAUUUAAAGUCGUAGAUACCGAAUGUAAAUAACUCAAUAAUUACAAAGCUAAUCCACUCAAUUUUCACUUAAUUGAUUCCCUCCAUUUAUUA